AUGGAGCGUGGGGAGCUGCUCAAGGAGGACGUGGAGAUGGCCGAGGGCGUGCCUGCGCAGCCCGAGGCGCCGGCCACGCUCGACGCGUACAUUUCCGCGAUCCAGCACCGACGCUCGCUCUUUGAGCCGGCACAGGCUCUGCGGGAAACACGCAAAGGCUACGCGAUCGACCCCGUCGGCGCCGCGCCGCAGGCGACGCAGAUCCAUGCGAUGUCGCUCGUACAGGACGCAAGUAUCCUGCUUUCGGGUGGAAGCGAUGGAUACGUGCGCUGGUAUGACCUGUGUGCCAGCAUGAACGGAAAGAAUAUGCUCACGCAAAACCUACGGAGCUCGUUUGUAGAAGGCGUGUCGCGCGGCGGUGUCCUCACGACGUGGUGGGGCAACGUGCACCUCGCGCCAGGCGAUCCGCUGACGCGUACCGAUGCGCCGCUCAGCGCAGUGCACAGUCUCGCCGUCGAGCGCAACGCGCUGUGGGGCAUGAGCGGCGGCGAGGCGGGCAACAUUAACCUCUUUGGCCUGCGCCACGACGCGGGGGGGCUCCGGCACGUCUUUCGCAAGCACACCGCGGCUGUGUCUGCGCUUGCGCUCUCGGACGCGCAGACGGAGCUCGUGAGCGGCAGCUGGGACCGCGGCGUCUAUCAAUGGGACCUCCAUACGGGGCAGACGGUCCGCUCGUUUGACGGCCAUGCGGGCCAGGUCUCGUGCAUCGCAUUCCGGCCACUGUACACGCCGAGCGUGCCGGCGCCCAGCAUCGUGAUCCAUCCGGAAGCGGCGACCACCGCGCCGACGUCGCCGGUCGAGGAGGAGCUCGAGGCAGAGAUCGCGCAGUCCCUCGAGCAGAAAGAGGACAUGAGCGAGGGCGUGGAGGACGCGUCGUCGAGCGAUGCGCCUCCCGCCGAAGAGCACGACGCGGUGCUCGACUCGGACAAUGACCAGGACAAUGACGGCGACUCGCUCUUUGGAGGACGCGACGAGUCGAUGGCCGAGGGCGCCGCGGACGCGUCGGGCGAGUCGGAAGACGCGUCCGGCGACUCGGACGCCGACGCGGAUGGCGCUGCGGACCUCUUUGAUGCCAAAGGCGAGGACGAGGAAAGCGACGACGCGCCGCUCUCGCAAACGACCGCGCCGCCGGUCAAGGCCAACGGGCUCUCGCUCGCGCUCCCAGGCCAAAAGACCGACGAGCCCGCCAAGCCCACCAAGCCCACCAAGCCGGAAGAGGAAAAGCCCGUACCCAAGACCAACGUGCGCCAGCUCCCCAAGCCCAUGUUUGGCUCGAUGAGCGUGCCGUGGCAGUACGAUGCAGACGUCUCGCGUUUCAGCUCGGAUAUCAUGCUCACGAGCACGCUCUCGGGCCAGGUGCUGCUAUGGGACCGGCGCGUGGAUAACAAGGCGAAGCCCGGCGUGCGCGCGCUGCCGCUGCCGCCGAAUACGCCGCCGUGGUGCAUGAGCGCCUGCUGGAAUUACGCGGGCGACAAGAUCUACGUCGGCCGGCGAAACGAGACCGUGGACGAGUGGGACGUGCGCAUGCUCCCUGAUCUCCAGCACCCGGAGCGCGGCCCGAGUGCGUCGCCGGGCGACAAGGCGCCGCGGUAUAUGCGCUCGCUGCGUCUCCCGCGGGGCAGCGGGCCGGUGAGCUCGGUCGUGAUGAUGCCAAACGACCAGCACAUCGUCUGCGCCUCCUUUGACAACGUGCGCCUGUGGAAUACCCAUACCGAUCCUCAGCACGAGGUGCCGUUCAAAAUUGUCGCUGGCCACCACGGCGGAACGAUCUCGCAGAUGCUCAUCGACGAGCGCGCCCAGUUCCUGCUCACCAGCUCGGGCGACCGCGGCUGGUUCGCAUCGAGCACAGAGACGCUGCUCAUGCACGAGAUUAUGGCCCUGUAG